ACAUCAUGUGUUACAGAGUAAUUUGUAUCCUAACAUGGGUACAGCAGGGCCAUGCUUGAUGAUCAGUAGUAUAACGGCAGUGACUACUGCAAUGCUCCUGAUGGCGAUGGAAAUGGGGAUGGCAUUAGCCUCGUCUCUAAUAUCCAACGGCCUGCAACUAGACACAUCCCAGGCGUCCUUCGUGGAGGCAGUAGGAUGGGCUGGCCGCUACCAUCUAGCCAAUUGUUCUUACAAGUUGGUGGAUGCCACAAACUCAGAUUCAUCUAAGAUAUUACUAUCUCGCCUUCUAAGCAAUCUGGCUGACACUCGACACCCAUACCAGGACGUGUUCAAUUUACUGGACUGGCAGCACGAUGAUGAUGGCUUAUGGGACAGGCAAGGUCGCUAUUUGGUGUUCACACUCUCUCCCUUGAAGGAUCUUCAUCGACUCGCCGGCUUACACCCUCUAAAAGCCUCGGAUAUCCACUUUUUUGUUGGUGACGGCGGCGAGAGAUUGGCUGUCUAUGUGCAUCGUCGCUUACCGCAUCCGCAACUGCAUUACCUCACUCACUGGUCACCAUCUCUCAACGUGCAAGACUCGCGUCUUUUUUCCACCGAGGCAACAAAGAACCUUGGUGGACGAACAAUACGCGUGUUGGCUGUCAAUCACGCACCAUCCGUAUUCUCCACCGCUGACAUCAGUGGCCGCCUCCAUCAACUUUCUGGGUUGGACAUCAAGGUAGUGAUGUCAAUUGGAGAAGCACUCAACUUCACGCCGGAAUUUUACGACCCAGGUCCGGAUCGCUGGGGAGUAAUGUUACCGAACGACACCUUUAAUGGCAUGGUGGGGCUAGUGAGUCGGGGCCAAGCUGAGGUGGGUGUGGGCAACGUGUUCCUGACUGAGAUACGAGCACGACACGUCACCUUCACUACCCCGUACGACUUCGAGAGGGCGUGCUUCAUGACUCCCGCACCUGUGCCCCUCCCGUCCUGGAUGGCGGUGACCUUCCCCUUCACGUUGCACGUGUGGCUGCUAGUGAUGGUGAGCGUGGUGGUGACAACCAUAUUAGUGACUGUGUUAGGCGUUGGCCAAGUGAAGCAGGACAAACAACUAAGAGGCUCACCUAGUAUCGCUUUUCUUUUCGUUCUUGCUAGUCUUUGUAACCAAUCACGGCCUCUACCUUCACGCCCCAGCUUGCAAGUGAUGGCUACUGGGUUGAUACUGUGUGGUUUCGUGGUGUCUGUGUUUUUCGCCAGUAAUCUGACGGCUUUCAUGACAGUAGCUGCCUUGCGCCCACCCUACACUUCAAUUGGACAGAUCAUACAAUCUCGACUGGAGGUGGGUGGUUACAGCGACUUCUGGGCGCCUCUCUUCCGUGGUUCUGCCAACCCUCAAGUCCAACGUCUCGGGGACAACUUCUACCUAUUUGACAAUGUUUUUGAAUUCCUCAAACGUGUGAUCGAGGGGCGCGGAGUCCUGGUAGAGAACACACAACACCUGCAAUACUUGCAGCAGACGUUUCUCAUCGACCAUGUGGGACGCUCCUCAGUUAGAAUUAUGUUAGAGGAGUGCAUCAACCCUUUCGGAGUGGGUGCAAUGUUGACGAGAGACACACCCUAUAAACCGUCCUUCGAUGAGAUAAUCCAACGGUUACGCGAGGGUGGCCUUGUGGACCGGUUCUUUUGGGAUGUCGUGAGGGAACAGCGCUUUGAAGGUAAUUCCAUUCUUUCCCUGGCCACAGGAGACCAAGAGGAGGGCGGUGUACGUUCCCUUACUCUCAACCACCUCCAGGGUCCGUUUCUGGUAUUGGGUGCUGGGUUGGGGAGUGCCAUGUUGCUGUUGCUUUUGAGAGUUGGUGCAGCCGCCACCCAAAAAGGAGUCAGCCAAACUUCCAUUAUUGGCUGAUUGAUGGAACAUAUUGGAACACACUUUUAAUGAGAGAAUUCAGUCAUGUGUGUUGAAUAAUUCACUGAUAUUCAUUAGCAAAAGUUUUAUGUCCAGUCUUUGAAGCAGUCUCUGAACUUAUUGUAUUUUCUUUUUUAGAAUAGCAUGUGAAUAAUAAACUUAACUGUCUUACUG